GCUGGGCUGCUUGGUGAUGAUAAUACCUGGGAGGCAAGCGUUCCACCAACAGCAACAUCAUGCUACAGAUUUGUUUGAUUUGGCUCAUCUCGAGUUUCUUUGAGGGUAACUUUUCACAGAGAUGUCAUUCCUUGCAAAUUUCUCCGGCAGGCGUUACGGAUUCAGUAACCUAUUGUUGUUUUUUUCUCCUCUCCUCCCAGAAGCCAGAGGGCAGAUUGUCGUCACCCAGACCCCAGCAUCUUUACAGGCGAAUCCUGGGGACAGAGUCACCAUCCAGUGCAAAGCUUCCUCUUCCAUGGGUGAUGAUAUGGCCUUAUAUCAGUUUAAACCAGGACAGAAACCCAAGCUUCUUAUUCAUGAUGCUACGAGCCGUUUUGAAGGGACCCCAGAUCGCUUCAGUGGUACCUACAGUAACACUGACUUCUCCUUCACCAUCAGCGACGUCCGUGCCGAGGACGAAGGAAGCUAUUUCUGUGGCCAAUACAACAGCUUUCCUCUCCACAGUGAUACACUUCAGUACAAAAACCACCUCAGUGCAUUAAGGCAGGGGAGAGAAAUGGAACUGGUGUUUUGCAGCAGCAGCAGCACCACCCUUCUAGCUUGCUGGAAUGGAGGGUGA